UGCGCUCGGGAGUUGCCGCUGAAAACGCGACGCCGUCGGCAAUGUCGGCCGCGAGGGAGGGACCGGGCCUCGCGGCUCUGCUGCUCCUGGGCUGCGCCCUCGGGGUCGCGAGCGCCGCCCAUAUGCAGCAGAACUGCAAGAAGACGCUGAGGACGCUGGCGUUCGAACGUUGCAGCGGCUACAGGGACAAGAGGAGCGAGGCCGCAGCUACGGGUUUGUCGAGCGUUUGGGGCAGUUUGGGGACGCCGGAAGGUAUGAUCGAAGCAAGCCUGGCCAGAAGGCGGCAAAUAAUGUCGAUAAGAGAAAUUUUCGUAUCUUCGAGAGUACCGAUAUAUGAUAUUCCGUAUCCACCUGUCCCGAGCUUCGUCAGGCACCAUAAAGCUCCAAUAGUUUCAUCGAGUGACUCUAGCACCUAUCGAGCUGCGAGAAGAUUCGUCUCUUUGCCGAAGGAAAGCAGUAGUGAUUUGGGCUUUGACGCCCAUGUUGACGAGAUGAUCGACCUGUUAAAUGAGAUCUACGAGAGGAUGCCGCGUUCCCCGACGAAGACGAAGGAGGAGUCCAUGCGAGAAUUCAUGGCGCUCGCCUACGAGUGCUGCAAGAACCAAGAUCUUUGUCUUACGAAGAAAGAACUCAUUCCCAUACAUUGUACAUAGUACCUCUUGUUUCGGCUGGCUACCGAUUAUUUUAUCGUGUUCACUUAGAGCUUAAAUUGUACACACGCCCGAUGUGCUGUACAUAUA